GCGUACAUAUAUUUGUAGUGGUCCUGAUGUGUAAGAGUAGAAUGGUGUCGCUCAUCAGCAUAGAAGAGCUCAACCAAGUAGAUUCAAGCAGUACAACUUUUUUCCUUUGACGGAUGUUCAGAUGUAGAGGUGUUAUUGUCCUCCAUGAACUACGGCACGAAUACUUAUGGCUACAAGCGGGUGGCUUUAACUGCAAAGGCGGGAACGGAAGGCGACGCAACAGGUCUCACUUAGGCUUCAAAGAGCCAUUCCCGCAGUGGCGACCCUAGCUAGCAACUUCAACCUCACCAGCAGCGCCAUCUGCAAAAAGUCAUCUCAAUCUCAACCACGACGCCAUUUCCAUCACAAAAAUCCAUCUUUAAUCGAGUAAAAUCAUCUUGCGGACACGAUGGGCGGCAGAGAUUCCCAUGGCGAGGUCUCUGGCACCCCCGAUCCCGUCGAGAAAGGGUUCGCCACCCUCAGCUCGCUCAGAAUCGGUGUAAAGGCUAUGGUUGAGAAGGAUGGCGAGCUUCGCAAAGCAGAGAUUUUGUCUAUGAGACAGCGAAAAGAUGGACCUAAUUUCUACGUCCACUACGUCGACUUCAAUAAACGUCUUGAUGAAUGGGUUCCUGCAUCAAGAAUUGAUUUAUCGAAAGAAGUCGAAUGGCCUCUGCCAGAGAAGCCCGAAAAGAAGAAGACCGGUGGAGCAGGCAAUAAGGCCCCAAGCAAGAAUAAGCGCGCCAGAGCAGACAGCCGAGAUGUCUCUGCGACGCCUGACUUGCUCACGGGCAAGAAUACGAAUGUCGGAAAAGCACAGCGUCCAUCGAAAGCGGGCGGGAAAGAGAAUCGCCUGGAUGAUAUUCCAGCGAACAUCACCGGGUCUGAAUCUGUCUCGGUAUCUGGCACACCCAAGCCUGACUCUGAGGAUAUCGAGAUGGCCGAUGCUAGCUUCACGGAAACCAAAACUCUUAUCAAGGAAGAAGAAAAACAGGACCAAAUGUCCCGUGAAGAAGAGAUCGAGAAGCUACGGACAGGUGGUAGUAUGACGCAGAACCCGAUCGAAGUUCACCGUGUUCGUAAUCUGGAUCGUUUGCAGAUGGGGAAGUACGAGAUGGAGCCUUGGUACUUCUCACCAUAUCCAGCCUCCUUUUCGGAUGCAGAGAUGGUCUACAUCGAUGAAUUCUGUCUCAGUUACUUUGACAACCAGCGCGCCUUCGAACGCCAUCGUUCCAAGUGUACACUCGUCCAUCCUCCUGGCAACGAAAUCUACCGAGAUGACUAUAUCUCUUUCUUCGAGGUCGAUGGACGACGUCAACGCACCUGGUGCCGCAAUCUAUGCUUGCUGAGCAAGCUCUUCCUUGACCACAAAACACUCUACUAUGAUGUCGAUCCAUUCCUCUUCUAUUGCAUGUGCACUCGAGACGAGACUGGCUGUCACCUGGUCGGAUACUUCUCCAAGGAGAAGGAUUCAGCAGAAGGCUACAACCUGGCUUGUAUCUUGACGCUUCCUCAGUACCAGAGACGUGGAUUCGGUCGCCUGCUCAUCUCCUUCAGUUACGAACUCAGCAAGCGAGAAGGAAAACUCGGUUCGCCAGAGAAACCUCUCAGUGAUCUCGGUCUGCUGGGAUACCGACAAUACUGGCGAGAAACACUAGUCGACUUACUCAUGCAACCUGGACGCGAGGCAAUCAGCGAAUACGAACUGGCGACCCUUAGUUCAAUGACUGAAAAGGACGUCCACGAAACCCUGGUUGUUUUGGGCUUGUUGAGAUAUCACAAAGGUAACUGGGUAAUCGUCCUCACCGACGCCAUAAUCGAGCAACAAAAGAAACACCUCGAGAAAGAAAAAGCCAAGGGCGUUCACAAAAUCGAUCCCGCAAGACUUCAAUGGAAGCCUCCUGUCUUUACUGCUUCUAGUCGUACCUGGAAUUGGUAGCGCCUUGCUUCCACUUUCAGCUCUCUCUUUCUCUCUCUCAGUCUCUCUUUUUCAGAGAGAUAUAUACUCAUGUCUGCUCAACAUUUUAUUAUCAUCGGGGCGGUUUUCAUGUCUGUGGGAUUUACCAGCGGGAUGGCGUCCUUGUUGUCUUUUUCUUCUCGUCCUUCGUGCUCGUGGUCGGGUUUG